AAAAAAUAUAAUCGUCGCGGCCUGGCGUGAGUGCGCGUGGUGGCUGGUGGCGACUUGCACUUGAGUUGUGAGAAGCACUUCAGUUAUGCUAUAGAAAACGCAACAGGUAGCAACAUCAGCAAUGACUCCAGACCAGUUUCGAGGGCUGGUGAAACAUUGGGAACGUGUGGGAAGGAGUGACUUCCUCCAGUACCUGAAGAAUAUCAUCCCACCAGCAGAGAAGGGCCUUUUGGGCUCUGUGGGAUCCUCAGAAGAUGUCAGUCUGUGUCUUUACCGUCUCAUCCUGGCUGGCACGGAUGGCACCCUCAAGAAGGAGAGCGUCUCAAAGACACUGGCAGAGGCAGUGGCUCUUCAUCCUGACCUCCCAGCCCAGGCUGUCGAUAUCUUUGGAAUGUUGGAGGUGGAAAUGUCGGCAAAUGAUGACCCGAAAAACAAGGAGCGGUUGUACUGGAUCAUCAAGUCUGUGGAAGGGGCGGUAUCGAACCAGCUGCUGCGGGAGCGAAUGGAGGUGGAGAGUUUCCCUCACAUCGGCGUCGUGAAAAACCCCAAGGCUUUCAACUCGAAGUUCAUCAAGCUGAAGACGAAGCUCUACUACAAGCAGCGCAAGUUCAACCUUUUCCGUGAGGAGAGCGAGGGGUACGCCAAGCUGCUGGUGGAGCUCAAUCAGGAGCAGCCAGCCUCGUCCUCCCCAGAGCAGAUGCUGGAGAUUAUCAAAUCUGUCAUUGGCUGCUUCAACCUGGACCCGAACCGAGUGCUGGACCUGCUGCUGUCGUCGCUGGAGGCGCGGCCGGAGCGCCACGGCUUCCUCGUGGGCCUGCUGCGGCUGUACAUGCCGUCGGCGGCGACGGUCAGCGAGAUGGUGGGCGCCAAGUACGGCUUCUGCCGGCGCCAGCCCGGCCAGGAGGAGGCCGAGGCAGUCACGCCGCGCUCGCUCCACCUCAUGACGGCGCUCCUGCUCCGACACGGCGUCAUCCAGCUGGAACACAUCUGGCCCUGGCUGCUGCCGGCCGACUCGGCGGUGGAAGCGGAGCACCGGCGCCAGAUGGCCGCCGCCGCCGAGUACCAGCGGCGCACGUUCGUCGUCUCCACCAAGGACAAGGAGGACAGCCCACGUGACGCCGAGCUGCCGCCGCUCGCGCCGCUGUCGCAGAGCCAGAAGCUGGGUCUGUGCGAGGCGGUGCUCUCGGUCGGCGACUGGGCGACGGCGCAGCGCAUCAUGGCGCGGUUCCCGGACUUCUGUCUGAUGGUACACCCGGACAUCGCGGCCGCCGCCUGCCGCCUGCUCGCCGUCCGGCUCGACCCCAUCUACAGACGGUACAGCGGCCUGACGGCGGCGCUGGAGCCGGCGCCGCAGCUGGCGGACGUGCGCUCCGAGGUGGCGCCGCUGCUCUCGGCCAUCGGGCCCUACCUGGCCGCCGACGUGCGGCUCGUGUACAAGGUGCUGCGGGUGGCGCGCACCGCCCACCGCCAGCGGCUGCAGCAGCCGGAGCCGGACUCGCCGGAGACGCGUGAAGCGUUCCUCUUCUACGACGUGCUGACCAUCCUGGAGGAGAGUGUGCUGCCCUGCCUGGUGCUGCUCGAGGCCAACUGCUGCCUGGCCGAGGAGAUCUGGACCGUGCUCAACUUCUACCCGUACCAGCACAGGUACCGGCUGUACGGCACGUGGAAGAACGACAGUCACAAGCCACACCCGCAGCUGAUGCGGAAGAGGGCUGACUUCAUCAAGAUGUCCAAGUCGCUGAUGAAGCGCAUCAGCAAGGAGAACGUCAAGCCGCUGGGUCGGCUCAUGGGCAAGCUGACCCACAACGCUCCUGGCUACAUGUUCGAAUACAUGCUGGGCCAGAUCCAGAUCUACGACAACCUGAUAGGGCCGAUGGUGGACUCGCUCAAGUACAUCACCAACCUGUCGUACGACGUGCUCGGCUACUGCAUCAUCGAGGCGCUGGCCAACCCCGAGAAGGACCGCACCAAGCAUGACGGCACUUCGCUGUCGCUCUGGCUCACCUCGCUGGCCAACUUCUGCGGAGCCAUGUUCAAAAAGUACAACCUAGACCUCACUGGGCUCAUGCAGUACGUCGCCAACCAGCUCAAGUCUAUGAAAAGCCUGGACCUGCUGAUCCUGCGCGAGGUGGUGCAGAAGAUGGCCGGCGUCGAGGCCGUCGAGGACAUGACCGAGGAGCAGCUGUCGGCCAUGGCCGGCGGCGAGAUGCUCCGGGCCGAGGCGGGCUUCUUCAACCAGGUACGCAACACCAAGAAGUCGUCGCAGCGACUGAAGGACAGCUUGAUCGACAACGGCCUGAUGGUGCCGAUGGUGCUGCUGAUGGCGCAGCAGCGGCACUGCGUCGUCUUCAAGGAGACCGAGGGCUCCCACCUCAAGCUGGUCGGCAAGCUGUAUGACCAGUGCCAGGACACCAUGGUCCAGUUCGGCAUGUUCCUGUCGUCGGCCCUGAGCAUCGACGACUACCGGCAGCGGCUGCCGGCCUUCGAGAAGCUGCUGUCAGAAUUCCACGUCAGUCCGGACGUGGCGUUCUUCCUGGCGCGGCCCAUGUUCACGCACGCCAUCCAGCAACGGUACGACGAACUGCGCAAGGCCGAGAAGAACCACAAGUCGCUGUCGGUGGAGCAGAAGCGCGACAAGUACCUGGCGGCCAGCGAGCAGGUGCUGGCGCCGGUGGUGGCGGCCGUGGUGCCCGUGUUCCCGGCCAAGACUUGGGACGACAUCAGUCCUGAGUUCUUCACGUCGUUCUGGUCGCUGACGCUGAGCGACCUGCGCGUGCCGACCGAGAGCUACGAGAAGGAGGUGCGCCGGCUAAAGCAGCAGGCAACCCAGCUGGGCGACAACCGGGACCUGACGGAGAGCAAGCGGAAGAAGGAGCAGGAACGGUGUCAGGCGCUCAUCGACAAGCUGCACGAGGAGGAGAAGCGCCAGAAGGAGCACGUCGACCGUGUGAUCGCCCGCCUGAAGAAGGAGAAGGACUCGUGGUUCGAGCCGCGCCAGGCCAAGUCGGCCAAGACGGAGACGAUGACGCAGUUCGUGCAGAUGUGCCUGUUCCCGCGCUGCGUGUUCACCUCGAUGGACGCGCUCUACUGCGCCGAGUUCGUGCACACCCUGCACAGCCUGAAGACGCCAAACUUCUCCACGCUCAUCUGCUACGACAGGCUGUUCUGCAACAUCACCUACACGUUCACGUCGUGCACGGAGAACGAGGCGUCGCGCUACGGCCGCUUCCUGUGCGCCCUGCUGGAGACGGUGAUGCGCUGGCACGGCAGCCGCGAGGUGUUUGAGCGCGAGUGCGCCUUCUUCCCCGGCUUCGUCACCAAGUUCCGCGUCUCCAACAAGCAGAACGAGCGCAGCGACCACGUCGACUACGAGAACUACCGCCACGUCUGCUUCAAGUGGUUCUAUAAAAUCACCAAGGCGAUCGUCACCUGCCUGGACAGCAAGGAGUACGUGCAGAUUCGUAACGCGCUCAAGAUCCUCAUCAAGAUCCUGCCCUGCUACCCGGUGCUUAGUCACGUGGCCAACAUCGUCGAGAAGAAGGUGGAGGCGGUGAUUCAGGCGGAGAAGAACAAGCGGCAGGACCUGGCGCUCAUGGCCACCAGCUACGCCGGCCUGCUGCGCGCCCGCAAAACACACCUAAUCCCCGAGAAGGACUUCCACACAGUCGACAAGAGCAAGCGCGAGACGCCGGAUAACGCCGACCGGCGGGAGAAGCGGGACGGCCGGCCGCGCGAGCGCGCCAAGGACGACGAGACCCGGAGUCGCUCCGGCACGCCGCGCUCCGACCGCGCCGGCGCCCGGGAACGCAAGCACGACAGCAGUGAGGAGCGGCGCGACAAGAAGGCCUCCAAACACAGCACGCCAGAGUCGGAAACCAAAAGGGAGUCCGAUGAGAUCCGCGUCGUCGAGGACGAGUACUUCGAGAAGCCGCGCCGGCCGGCCGGCUCGGCCGUGCGCAGCCUGCCCGAGGCCUCUGACGUCGACAGAGAGGCCAAGCGCCGCCGAGUGGAGAGUACUGUAUCACAGCUGUUGCAGUCCAGUAAAGGAGGAACGCAGCACCCUGGCGUGUCCAGACCGCUAAAGCUCGGGCUGACUCGCUCUUUGCAAUGCUGCCAAGCUUGUUCACGGUUAGAGUUCCGUUGUGCCGUGUGUGACGGUCUGGUUGUCCGUUUUGGCCUGGACGCGCGUGCUUCUUGGUUUGCCAGUCAUGUUAUUGUCGGUUGGUUUGGGUUUGGAAGCUUUCUUUCGCCAAAAAUGGGGUCAGAUGGCCGGCAUAUCUUAUUACAGAGGUUGGACAAAAUGCCAGAGAAGGACGAGGAGAAGAAAAAGAAACGGAAGAAGUCGGAGAAGGGCCUGGAGGAGGGGGAAAUCAGAAACAAACGAGAAGACAAGAAGGAAAGGAAAAGGGCGUCGCUGGACGACAGGGGAUCGCCGAUCGAGUCCAAGCGAAAGAAGGAUGACGACAAGCCCGCGAAGCGACGCUCCGAGGGCGAUGAGUUCCGCGAGGUCAAGGACAAACGGAGGCAGAGGCGGGAGGAGGAGGUGGAGUUCUACGACGAGCCACGCUACGCGCCCGAGUACGACUGGGAGCGGGAGCGGGAGCGGCCGCCUGCCAAGGAGAAACAUAGAGGCCGCAUGGACAGCAAACGACGAUGAGCCGAAGGCAGCGGCAGUCUGGGCGCGGCUACGAACGCGGCGCAUCAAGAACGGCGCGGCGAAAAAGGUGGCGCGUCGCUAGGGACGCACACCCAGGGUAGUGCGGCAACAAACGCGGUGCACCAAGAAAGGCGCGGCGACAAGUUUGGCGCGCAAUACAUGACGUGAUGAGAAACGCGAUGCGCCAAGAACGGCGCAGUGAGAAAUGUGACGUGCCACAGGCGGCGCUAUGGUAAUGACGGUUCACUGUAGGACGCACCGCCAUCAACAAAGAAUGCGAUAGAGGAUGGUGUGAAUAAUGCCGUACUGAAUAUACUGGGCAGUGUUUUA